CAAUAAUCAAAAUGCAAAAAGAGCACAGAUAAUAAUUGGAUAAAUUGUUUUACAAGUGGUUUAUGGUAACUCUAAUGGAAGUCUGUGAUAUUUAAUGAGCUGCUUUCUUUUCCUGUUUUUUCCUUUGAUCUUUACAGUUGUCUCCAAAAGAAUAUUUUCGAGUACAGAAAGCAAUAUGCAACAGGACUAAGGUGCUUAUGACACUACACCAAGAACAAGAAUGGAAGUAAAUUUAUUCAGCAAUUCUACUGUUGGAAACAGUUCAUCCCUCAACCAUAAGCAGUUAGAAGGGCACAGUCUCUGGGAAGUUAUUACUAUCGCCACUGUAACUGCAGUUGUAAGCUUAAUGACCAUAGUGGGAAAUAUUCUGGUCAUGAUAUCCUUCAAGGUUAACAGUCAGCUCAAAACUGUCAACAAUUAUUACUUACUCAGCCUUGCCUGUGCAGAUCUCAUCAUUGGAAUAUUUUCUAUGAACCUUUAUACAUCCUAUAUACUCAUAGGCCAUUGGUCUCUUGGAAGCCUUGCCUGCGACCUGUGGCUAGCACUGGACUACGUAGCUAGCAACGCCUCAGUAAUGAACCUCCUAGUCAUCAGUUUUGACAGAUAUUUUUCCAUCACAAGGCCUUUAACUUAUAGGGCCAAACGCACGCCCAAAAGAGCUGGCAUCAUGAUCGGUCUGGCUUGGCUAAUUUCCUUUGUGUUGUGGGCACCUGUAAUCUUGUGCUGGCAGUAUUUUGUUGGUGAACGAACAGUACCACCUGAAGAGUGCCAGAUACAGUUCUUAUAUGAGCCCAUUAUCACCUUUGGUACUGCAAUUGCUGCUUUCUACAUUCCAGUGUCCGUGAUGACCAUUCUGUAUUGUCGCAUCUAUAGAGAGACAGAGAAACGUACCAAGGACCUUGCUGAACUGCAAGGUUCAGAGUCUGUGGCAGAGUUUGAGAUGAUAAAGCCUCAGAAAGCUCUCCUGAAAUCUUGCUUCAGUUGCAAGCAACAAAACUUAGUCAAAAGAGAGAGGUGUCAGGCUUCAUGGUCUUCAUCUAGUCGAAGUACAUCAGCUACAGUGAAAGCUUCUCAGGCAGCGAGCACCUGUAAUGACUGGGCUAAGGCUGACCAGCUAACCACCUGCAGCAGCUAUGCAUCUUCAGAAGAGGAGGAUAAACUUGCCGCUGAUUCAGUUUUCCAAGUAACUUACAAAAGUCCAUCUAAAGAAAAAGGAGAAGAGUUUAAUGAGGAUACGGAUGUUGUUGUCAAAGACCAACCUGAAGAAAAUGAUUUUGAGAACCAGAAAUACUUUUUGUCACCUGCCAAAGGCCAUGUACAACAAAGUAAAAAAUGCAUGGCCUAUAAAUUCCGGUUGGUGGUUAAGGAUGAUGGCACCCAGGAAGCCAACAAUGGUUGCCGUAAAGUGAAAAUAUCUCCUUGUUCUGCUGCUCUGUCAAAGGAUCCUUCCAUCAAAAGCAUGGAUCCAAAUAUAAAUAACCAAAUCACCAAAAGGAAACGGAUGGUUCUUAUAAAGGAACGCAAAGCAGCACAAACUUUAAGUGCCAUUCUUUUGGCUUUUAUCAUCACAUGGACUCCCUACAAUAUCAUGGUUUUGAUCUCCACAUUCUGCUCUGACUGCAUUCCCUUGACAUUGUGGCACCUUGGAUAUUGGCUGUGCUAUGUGAACAGCACUGUUAACCCCAUUUGUUAUGCCCUCUGUAACAAAACUUUCAGGAAAACUUUUAAGAUGCUGCUUUUCUGCCAGUGGAAAAAGAAAAAAGUGGAAGAGAAACUGUACUGGCAGGGCAACACCAGACUGCCAUGAUAGCUCUUAGAUAAAGGAUAAGGGGGAAAAUAGAUAUUGACGUAACCUAGUAAAUUGACUGUAAUUCUGUCUUUUCAAAGUUGUUGCUUUAUAUGUCUAGGGGUUAAAACAAUUCUGCACAAAAGUAAAAUUUUGCAUGAAGGUAGUGUGUUUGGGAUAAAGACGUCAGUGGCUGCUGUGAGCAACACGGGCUGGUUUUGAUUAUGCAGGAAAUCUGCAUUGAAGUUAUUAUGUC